CUUUCUGAGCUUGACCAGCAUGUGGAAGGAGAGUGCUCAUGGCUGCAAUCAUUUAGGGAGCGCCUACCUGGGUGUCACUGGAGAUAGGAAGUUUUCUGUUAACUCUGUUCUGUUGCCGAGGGUCCCGUGCGCUUCUCUUGCCCAGCUCAACGUGACUGUUGGUGGUUUUUACUCACCCUGCUCUGUGGGGGAGUGCCCCAACGUGCCUCUCUUAUGUGGCCUCUAUGGACACAUUGCUCAGCUGGCAGAGAGCAGGGAAGUUUUCUCCCAGCACCCAAAAAGAGAAAGAGGAAACUACUUUUUCCUUCUGGGCUCUUUGCAGCACAAUAGCUCAGAAUAAGUGUGCACAUUCCCUCCCUGGAUUUUCUGGAGUGGUUUCCAGGAAGAAGUUAAACCUUCACCUUUAAAUGGAUGACCAUGUCACAAUCAGGAAGAAACAUCUCCAAAGACCCAUCUUUCGAUUAAGAUGCUUAGUGAAGCAGCUGGAAAAAGGUGAUGUCAAUAUCAUCGACUUAAAGAAGAACAUUGAAUAUGCAGCCUCUGUGUUGGAAGCGGUUUAUAUCGAUGAAACAAGACGACUGCUGGACACCGAAGAUGAGCUCGGUGAUAUUCAGACAGAUUCGGUCCCGCUGGAAGUGCGGGACUGGCUGGCGUCUACCUUCACACGAAAAAUGGGGAUGACGAAAAAGAAACCCGAGGAAAAACCAAAAUUUCGAAGCAUUGUUCAUGCUGUACAAGCUGGAAUUUUUGUGGAAAGGAUGUACAGAAAAACCUAUCACAUGGUUGGUUUGGCAUAUCCAGCAGCUGUCAUAGUAACAUUAAAGGAUGUUGAUAAAUGGUCUUUUGAUGUAUUUGCCCUAAAUGAAGCAAGCGGAGAGCAUAGUUUGAAGUUUAUGAUUUAUGAGCUGUUUACCAGAUACGAUCUUAUCAACCGCUUCAAGAUUCCUGUUUCUUGCCUAAUUGCCUUUGCAGAAGCUUUGGAAGUUGGAUACAGCAAAUACAAAAAUCCAUAUCACAACUUGAUUCAUGCAGCUGAUGUCACUCAAACUGUGCAUUAUAUAAUGCUUCACACAGGUAUCAUGCACUGGCUCAAUGAACUGGAAAUUUUAGCAAUGGUCUUUGCUGCAGCCAUUCAUGAUUAUGAACAUACAGGGACCACAAACAACUUUCAUAUUCAGACUAGGUCAGAUGUUGCCAUCUUGUAUAAUGAUCGCUCUGUCCUUGAGAAUCACCAUGUGAGUGCAGCUUACCGACUCAUGCAAGAAGAAGAGAUGAAUAUUCUAAUAAAUUUAUCCAAAGAUGAUUGGAGGGAUCUUCGGAAUCUCGUGAUUGAAAUGGUUUUAUCUACAGACAUGUCAGGCCACUUUCAGCAAAUUAAAAACAUAAGAAACAGUUUGCAGCAGCCUGAAGGGAUUGAUAGAGCCAAAACUAUGUCCCUGAUUCUUCACGCAGCCGACAUCAGCCACCCGGCCAAAUCCUGGAACCUGCAUUAUCGGUGGACCAUGGCCCUGAUGGAGGAGUUCUUCCUACAGGGAGACAAAGAAGCUGAAUUAGGGCUUCCAUUUUCCCCACUCUGUGAUCGGAAGUCUACCAUGGUGGCCCAGUCACAAAUAGGUUUCAUUGAUUUCAUAGUAGAGCCAACGUUUUCUCUUCUGACAGACUCAACGGAGAAAAUUGUUAUUCCUCUUAUAGAGGAAGCCUCUAAACCUGAAAAUUCUAACUAUGGGGCAAGCAGCUCCCCCAGCGUGGCGGGAUUCCAUGUUGCUGACACACUGAGACGACCCAACUCAAAAGGCUCUGCGACGGAUGGGAAUUACUCCCCUGAUUACUCCCUCUCAGCCGUGGACCUGAAGAGCUUCAAAAACAAUCUGGUGGACAUCAUUCAGCAGAACAAAGAGAGGUGGAAAGAAUUAGCUGCACAAGAUGCAAAAACCAGUUCACAGAAACCUGAGCAUUCCAAACAGUAAACACCUUUCAGUAAAACCUCACACAUGGUAGCAGCUCUCACUUGACAAAAAGAUGGAGAUGUCGAUAUUCUUGUGGAAAUGCAUUGCUCAACAGCCUCAUGAAGCAGAUAGACAACAGCUACAGAUUGCAUGAUUGACUGACCAAACUGCUACAGAAUACAAUCAUCCGGUGACUACAUCAACAGCUUUAGGCCUUCAAAUACUUGUUCAACUAGUAUUUUGUGGCAUUUCAUGUUACUGAGAUAAUAUAGUAAGAGUCAACAGGUUUCCUCUGAG